AGGUCACUAUCAUAAUAAUUAUCUUAUCGAUCGCGAUAAACUGUCUCGCUUUACAUUCCCAGUAGUGAUGACCGAAAUUGUCGAAGAUGUACGAAAAGAGGAUUGUACUGUUUACGCUGUUCGCGUUGAAUUUGGUCGAACAACCGGCGCCGGAGGUCACCAUAGAGCAAGGGAUAGUGAGUGGUAAAAUCAACGAAGAUGGGACUAUAUUUGAGUACAUGGGUAUUCCGUACGCAACUACUAGCAGCGAGACAAGGUUCCAGGCUCCCCUCCCCCCACCAAAAUGGGACGGCGUUUUCAAAGCAGUGGAUGAGCACCACUCCUGCCCACAAAUGAUGUUCAUAAGAGUUGUUGGAUCUGAAGAUUGUUUGAAGAUUAAUGUUUAUGUACCAGCACAAGCAAAGAAACCACUCCCAGUCAUGGUGUACAUCCACGGAGGAGCAUUCAUACUAGGAAGUGGAGGAAAACUGUUGUAUGCACCGGAUUAUCUAGUCAACAAGGACGUAAUCGUAGUGACGUUCAACUACAGACUAGGAGCCCUUGGAUUUGUUUGUCUUGGGAUCAAAGAAGCACCUGGAAACGCAGGUUUGAAAGACCAAAUAGCUGCACUCAGAUGGGUCAAGAAAAAUAUAGCAGCAUUCGGUGGAGACCCAGACAAUGUCACUUUAUUUGGAGAAAGUGCAGGAGGUACAUCCACGUCUGUACUACUAGCUAGUGAAGCUACAGUUGGAUUGUUUAAUAGAGUGAUUAUUCAAAGCGGUUCUUCAACCUCUAAUUGGUCAGUAAAUAGAAAGCCAGUUUGGGUCGCUAGUCUUUUAGCUAAAGUCAUAGGUCAUGAUACUGAAGACCCCCACGAAAUAUACAAAGUACUUUCGAAAUUGCCUUACAAAGAAUUAGUUAGUUUGAAACCAAUCAAACCUUUAGGUAUGUUUUUCGACACACUCUUAUUACAUUUGCCGUGUGUUGAAAAAUCAUUACCAGGUGAAGAGGCAGUCUUAACAGAUUUACCAUAUAAUUUACUGAAACACAAACCCAAAAACAUUCCAGUGAUUUACGGGUCAAAUAGCAAAGAAGGUCUAUUCUUGACUUCAGCAGAAAAUGAUACGACUCUUGAAGAAAGAAAUAGAAGAUACUUUUUUGCAUCAGACUUAGAAUUCCAUAAUGAAGAUGAGGCGUUAGCCACAGCUGCCAGAGUGAGGAACUUUUAUUUUGGGGAAGAGCGAGUAAGCCAUAAAAAUAUAAAAUUAUUGGCCAAAAUAUACACUGAGUUGUAUUUUGAAGUUCCCGCUGCAAUCGAAUCAGAUUUGCUUGUCAAGCACUCAAAUGCAACAGUGUAUAAUUAUUUCUUUGAUUAUUCUGGGAGAAGGAACGUACUAAAACAGAGAAUGGGCUAUGGCAAUGAGAGUGGUGCUUGCCACGCUGAUGAUCUCUUUUAUUUAUUUAAGCCAAGGAUCUGGCCUUUUUCUGUAAAUGAGGAAGAUGGGAAAAUGAUAGAAUGGAUGACUGGCAUGUGGACAAACUUCGCCAAGUAUGGUGAUCCUACACCGAAAGCAGCAGACAUUCCAGUGAAAUGGGUUCCAAGUACUAAAAAUAAUUUAAGAUAUUUGUACAUCAACAAUCCAAUGGAAAUGGGUCCAGUUCCUAAUCCUGAAUCGUAUAGUUUAUGGAAAGAUAUUUAUGAUAAAUACCGAAGACUUGAUUUAAGCUUUUAUUUAUAAAUACAAUAAGAAACAU